GUAACUCUUAGGCUUACAGAUUUUAUCCCACCCUACCAAAUGAACCGUCCAGCAUGCUCCUGGUCUCCCCAAAUGAAACGCUUACAAAUCCUCUCAAUAUCCUCACAAGUAGAUUUUGGAAGACUUUGCAGAUUGCAUUGUAUACAAAGGCAGGGCUUGAGUGACCGAUUGACAAAGAGCAACUCUUCCAGCCAAUGAAAGCUUGUCCACCUUCCAACCAGCCAAUCUCUGCUGUGCUUCAUCAACAAUAUAUCUUAUAAGCGCAUUUUUUAUCCUUCCAUGAAUCAGAGCCACCCCAAGAUACCUCCUCAAGUCAUUUGUUCUUGUAAAACCUUUUGCUCCUCCUUUCUGUCCAAAGUGGAAGAGGAAAUGCAAGUGAUUUGGCCAUAUCCAAAACCAUACCCUAAAGUUUCAAAAGUUUAAUGUCCCAAGAAAUGUUAAAUUUUCUUACAUUUAACAUUCUAUAAAUACAUAAAUACAAAUAUCUUUGAAGUCUCAAAAUUAUUUCAUACAACAAAACUAGGACGUCCCCACACCAAACUCUCCCUUGCAGCUUUCUUUAAGUAACUUUUAUAAGUUUGACAAGGAACGACAGGUCGCUUGUUGGGCAACAAGAAUCCUCUAUUGCCUCAAGGCCCAGGAAAGAAAGAAAUGCACUGGAACUGGGAUUUCAGAGGCUGAGGAGAAAUCUGAAAUGUACCUGCUUCUUUCCCGUUACCAAUUCAAGGGAGCUUUAGCAUUUUUUAAAUCCCACCAUAAGCUUCCCAUCCUAAUCAUAUCACGCCGUUCAUUUCGAUCAUCAUCGGAAACUUAUUUUCAUCUCAUCGAAACAUACGGUCGUGAUCGAGCAUUACAGCAAGGGAAAAAACUUCAUGCUCAUCUCAUCAUUAACGGUUUAGCUCGUUUGACCCAUUUUGCCUCCAAACUCAUCUCUUUCUAUGUAGAAACUAAGCAGUUAUCUGACGCUCGCAAGUUGUUCGACAAAAUUCCCGAGUCAAAUAUCCGCCGUUGGAUUGUGCUCAUUGGGGCCUAUUCUCGUCGUGGGCUUAUUCAAGAAGCUUUGAGUGUUUUCUAUGAAAUGCAAAAGCAGGGUUUAGGGGCCAACAAGUUUGUUAUUCCUAGCGUACUCAAAUGUUGUGGUCAUGUGUAUGAUGUGCAAACUGGGAGGAUUUUGCACUCUGUGAUUUUGAAGUAUUCGAUUGAAUCGGAUGUUUAUGUUAUUAGUUCAUUGAUCGAUAUGUACUCUAAAUGUGGAGAAGUUGAAAAGGCACGGCGAGUGUUUGAUAGGAUGGUGGAGAAAGACUUGGUGGCUUUGAAUGCCAUGCUUUCGGGUUAUGGUCAACAUGGUUUUGCUAAAGAAGGAUUUGCUUUGAUGGAUAAAAUGGAAAAAUUGGGUAUAAAGCCUAAUGUAAUAACUUGGAAUAGCUUGAUUUCGGGGUUUGCACAAAAGGGUGAUGAUGCAAUGGUUUCAAAGAUGUUUGAAUUGAUGAUCAGUAAGGGAGUGGAGCCUGAUGUGAUUUCUUGGACUUCGGUUAUAUCAGGGUUGGUGCAAAAUUUUCGUAACGAGGCAGCUUUUGAUGCAUUUAAACAGAUGUUGGGCUGGGAAUUUCUUCCAACCUCUGCUACAAUUAGUACUGUUUUGGCUGCUUGUGCGACCAUGGCUAAUGUAAGGAGAGGGAGGGAGAUACACGGCUAUGCAGUGGUGAUUAGAGUUGAAGAUGAUGUAUAUGUAAGAAGUGCUCUUGUUGACAUGUAUGCCAAAUGUGGUUUUAUAUCAGAAGCAAGUAUGCUAUUUUAUAUGAUGCCUGAGAGGAAUACGGUUACUUGGAAUUCGAUGAUUUUUGGGUAUGCAAAUCAUGGUUACUGUGAUGAAGCAAUUGAGCUUUUUGAUCAAAUGGAGAAAUCAGAGGGAAAUAAGCUUGAUCACUUGACCUUCACAGCUGUCCUUACUGCUUGUAGUCAUGCUGGAAUGGUUGAACAUGGACAAAGUUUGUUUCUCUUGAUGCAACAGAAGUACAAGAUUGUUCCAAGAUUAGAGCAUUAUGCAUGCAUGGUGGAUCUUCUUGGUAGGGCUGGAAAUCUUAAUGAGGCUUAUGAUAUGAUUAAGAAAAUGCCUGUUAAGCCUGAUUUAUUCGUGUGGGGAGCAUUAUUAGGGGCAUGUAGGAAUCAUGGGGAUAUAGGUCUUGCUGAGGUAGCAGCUAGGCAUUUGGCUGAGCUUGAGCCUGAGAAUGCUGGGAAUAAUAUGCUUAUGUCAAAUUUGUAUGCUGAUGCUGGUAGCUGGGAAAACGUAUCAAGGUCUAAGAAGAUGAUAAAACGUAAAAGGCUGAAAAACUUUCCGGGGUGCAGUUGGAUAGAGGAAGCUAGCUGAUAUAUAAGCAUGAUUAGAACAGCUAUUGCUGAUAUAUAUAAUAUUCAUGCAGAGUGGACCCUCUUCUUUUUUUCCAAUUUUUUCUCUUGGUAGCUUGUAGUUAUGCUGUGCAAUUAAAUCUUGCCAAAGGCAAUUGCAUGAUCAUCAGUGCUUGCCUCUCUUUUCCUUUAAUUGAUCUUAAUACCCUCA